UCUGGAAAGUCCUGUUCAGGAUUUACACAUCUCCCAGGCCCCUUCCCAGCCCUCUGAUCCUCGGUACACUCCGGGUUUUUCUCUCUCCCUAUUGGGCGGUUUAGGGUCACCUGGGACACACAGGCGGAGCUCUGUAGUCUGCGGAGCAGACAGGAGGGAUCUGUUCAGAUCUGAGCAAUGUUGAAAGGUCCAUGUAACAACCUAGAGAGAAUCUCGGAGAAUAUUGGAGACAUUUCUCUUCCACUUUCAGCGAUGGCGUCUGCUGACCUGAGAGCUGAGCUGGAAUGUUCCAUCUGUCAAAACAUUUAUACCAAUCCUGUAACCCUGAAAUGUGGACACAACUUCUGCUGGGACUGUAUCGAUCGUGUGCUGGAUACACAGGAGGGGUCUGGAGAUUAUUUCUGUCCUGUAUGUAGAAAAAGGUUCAGGAGUCGCCCUUCACUGCACAGAAACAUAACUCUACAUAACAUAGUAGUGCACUUCCUGUCACCUCAGCCAGAUCAGGAGGAGUCCGGGGUCUUCUGUACUCACUGUGUGGACUCUCCUGUACCUGCUGUUAGAUCCUGUCUACACUGUGAGGUUUCUCUGUGUGAUAAACACCUGAGAGUCCACAAAAAAUCCCCAGAACACGUCUUAUGUGACCCCACCUUGUCCAUGGAGAGCAGGAAAUGCUCCAUCCAUAAGAAGAUCCUGGAGUAUUACUGCACUGAGGAUGAGACCUGUGUCUGUGUGUCCUGCAGUUUGGCUGGAGAACAUCAGGGACAUCAGGUGGAGAUGAUGGAUGAGGCUUUUAAGAAAAAGAAGGAGAAGCUGAGGAAUGUUCUACAGAAUCUUCUGACAAAGAGAGAGGAGACGGAGGAAAGAGUCCAGAGUCUGCAGUAACACAGGAGGAAAGUAGAAGAAGAAGCAGCUGGUGACACCUAGAGAGUCACUGUCCUGUUUAGAGAUCUCAGGAGAUGUCUGGAAGAUCUGGAGAACAGAGUCCUGAGGGAAAUCUCCGGGAGGGCAGAGCGGAUCUCCAUCUCCAUCCAGGAUCUGGAAAUAAAGAAGGAGGAGCUGUCCAGGAAGAUGCGUCACAUUGAGGAGCUGUGUAACAUGAC